AUGAUUUUUACAUCCCAAAUUUACAAUAUUGCAUUGGGGUUGCUCUUUAGCAAGCUCGCAAGAUAAACAGACGGAAGCAGUUGAACAACUUUCACCAACCCCUCAGAAUUCAUUUAAAAUCCCUCGCUGUUUUAGUGCAGUGUGCUGUUGCUCUGUUUCUAACAAUGUCGGCUACCUCGAGUUCCCUCAUGUCUCUCGCUCCCGCUCAGUCUCUGAGUCAACCCAGAAGGGUAAAACUCGUUCAGUCUCCAACCUCUCUUUCAGUUUCUCUCCCAAUUUCUCGUAUGCUUUGCCUUAAAUCAAAUCACCAACGGAAUCUCUUCGCAUGUUGUUCCCUAAAUGUACAAGACAGCGCCGGCCAAGACACACCCAUUGAAAAGAGAUACCCAGCAUUUCCUACAGUUAUGGAUAUUAAUCAGAUACGUGAAAUCUUGCCCCACCGGUUUCCAUUUCUUUUAGUGGAUAGAGUGAUUGAGUACAAUCCAGGGGUUUCAGCUGUUGCUAUAAAGAAUGUGACUAUAAAUGAUAACUUUUUCCCUGGGCACUUCCCAGAGAGACCCAUUAUGCCUGGAGUUCUCAUGAUUGAGGCAAUGGCUCAAGUGGGUGGCUUGGUGAUGCUGCAACCCGAAGUGGGAGGCUCUCGUGACAGUUUCUUCUUUGCAGGAAUUGAUAAAGUGAGGUUUAGAAAACCUGUGAUUGCAGGAGACACUUUGGUAAUGAGAAUGACACUAGUUAAGUUCCAAAAACGGUUUGGAAUAGCAAAGAUGGAGGGUAAGGCAUACGUUGGAGGUGACUUGGUCUGUGAGGGCGAGUUCUUGAUGGCAAGUGGGAGUGUUUGAUGUGCUGAGUAUGUCUUAAGAUCCAUUAAUAUGCAAUUUUUUCUCCUUUUUCUCUUUUUGUUUGUUAAAAGUCUUUUACUACCUUGAUGUUGAGGAUUUGCUUGUCAGUUUGGACUUUCUGCGUCGAUAAAGAUAUUAUGCUUGAUAGUUUUGCUGAA